UCGAACUCACAACAAAGAUGGAGGGCGCUCAGCGUUUUCGCUGCAAACGUCAACAGAUAGAUGCCCGUUAGACGCUCAAAUCACCCUUCAGGUUUUGUAAUGGUUUAGGCUGUAGUUCUUCUAGUGAAAUGGAUUGUACAGCGUUUCACGAGCAAACCGUUGAAAGGAAUGUCUGCAUUGUUGGAUCGGAGCUUGUGGAAAACUACACUGUUUACAUAAUCGAGGUGAAGGUUGGAGACCACAGAUGGACUAUUAAGCAUCGCUACAGUGACUUCCAUGACUUACACGAAAAGCUCACUUCUGAGAAGAAGAUUGACAAACACCUGUUGCCACCUAAGAAGAUUAUUGGUAAAAACUCUAAAAGCCUUGUGGAGAAGAGACAGAAGGAGCUGGAAGUGUAUCUUCAGACUUUGCUCGGCAGAUUCCCAGUGGCUGCCCCUAAAGUCUUGUCCAUAUUUCUACAUUUCCAUUUCUAUGAAAUCAAUGGCAUUGCUGCUACAUUGGCUGAAGACCUGUUCCAUAGAGGUGAGCAGUUGUUAGUUGCCGGUGAAGUGUUUCUCUUAAGGCCGCUGCAGCUCUAUGCAAUUACCCAGCAGCUCAAGCUUGCCAAGCCAACCUGCGCCAAUGGAGAUGCCAAAGCAGAUCUGGGACACAUACUGGACUUCGCCUGCCGGCUCAAAUAUCUCAAGAUCCCUGGAACAAAAGGCGUUGUGGGCACUAGCAAUAUUGAGGAACACAGUCUGCCAUUUGACCUCUCUUUCUUUAAGUCACUACUCCAAAUUGAGAUCACUGACUGUAGUUCAGCACAGAUAAAGGGACUCCCCUCAUUGAAGCCCACCCUGGCUACUCUCAGCAUUCACCUCUCCACAGCAUCCAUGAAGGAAAUUUUAGUUCCAGAAUCUGCCGAGUUUGCCCAGUGGGAACCAGAAGGCGUGGACAUUGACUGCCCUGUGACUGCAAUCAUUCCAACAUGGAAAAUGUUGACCACUCUCGACAUGAGCCGUAAUUACAUCUGCAGCAUCGAUGAGUCUGUGAAACUGAUUCCUGAAGUUGAAUUCCUAGAUCUUAGUCAUAAUGAGCUGUCUUUGGUGGAGAAUCUCCAGCAUCUGUACAAUCUGGUUCACUUGGAUUUGUCCUUCAACAAGCUAACGGUUCUAGAGGGUGUUCAUACAAAGCUGGGAAACAUCAAGACUCUGAAUUUGGCUGGCAAUCAGCUUGAAACCCUCUCUGGUCUCAGUAAACUUUACUCUCUUGUGAACCUGGACUUGAGCAGUAACAGAUUAGCACAGCUGGAUGAAAUAAAGCACAUUGGAACUCUCCCUUGUUUGGAAAAGCUUUCCCUUGCCAACAAUCCUAUGUGCAUCAUUCCAGACUACAGAACUAAAGUCCUGGCGCAAUUCUGGGACAGGGCCUCGGAGGUUUGUUUAGAUGGCACUGUAACCACUGAGAAAGAGCUGGACACUGUAGAGGUGCUGAAAGCCAUUCAGAAAGCCAAAGAAGUGAAAGAUAGAAUGGCAAACAAUGAAAAAAAGAUCAGUGAUGUCCCCAAACACGCUGAGGGUGGGUCAAAGUCCUCCUCAUCUUCUUGCUCUCUCGCUGCGCCGCUGUCUUCCUCUCCCCCUCUGUCGCACUUUGCCAGCUCCAGCCAAGAAAUAGCCUGUAAAGAUGAAGCCUUUGUUACCAAAGAGAUAUUGACUCAUGUGGAUUCUACACUUACCCAGCGAUGCUGUAAUAAAUAUAACAUGUCAUGUGAGGAAACACCUCAGGUUAAAACUGAAAUUGACACCUGUUCAUCUCCAGAGAUCCCUUGUGAGCCAAUGAAGUAUGAAAGCACCAGCUGCUUGUACUGCAAAGACGACCAGGAACCCUGGACCAGCAAACUCUCCACACCAGUGCUUCCCUUCUGUUAUAUGUCCUACACCAACACUAACUUGGAUUUCAAAGCCCAGCUCUCUACUUUGAUUUGUCAAGCAGAUAGAGAGAGGACGGCCGCCAGGCAGUGCAGGACUACCUCUCUGGAGGUGACACAUCAGGGCAGCCCUGACUCUGGUGGCGGAUACUUUGAGAUGGGCUUAGAUAACAGCGAGGAGAUCAUGGGCUCCUCCUCCUCUUCCACAGUUCAGGACAAAGAAUCAGAGGAUGUGGAAAGGGCAAAUGUCAGAUUGGUCAUGUGGUGUCACUGCAUCACUGUAGCCCAAGAUGUACGUCUGAAUCAGAGGACUUCUUGCUUGGCAGCGACAGACAGCUUGCUGGUCAUUUUCCAGACACGCUCCAAAGAUCUGCCAAGUAGCAUGCAGGCACUAAUGGAGAGCCUUGAGAUAGGGUUGAUGGUGCAGUAUACAGACGUUGAAGCGUUUCAAUUUGAUAUUCCGGAAACCUGCCUCUCUUUAAAGGUGAGGUCUAGCGACAAACAAUGGUUCUUCUUCUCAGAUGGGCAAAAUUUGAAAGACAUUCACACCCAUGUGGACUUGCUUAUGAGUAGAGCCCCUGGUGAACUUUUGAAUGAAUCCACCAUCCAGCAAUUCAUUCAGCAGUUCCUAAAUUCCUGGGAAAUCGAGGAGAAUGACAGUGGAGUGAAAAGUGGACUGCUAACUCACAUCCUGGACCAUGCCUCAUUGUUCACCCCCAGUCAGGAGGACACAAACAAGCCACAGCAGAGUUCUAUACCAUCAGAUAUUUUGUCUAUGCUCCAUGAAGGUCACACCUCCAUUCCUUUAGUUCUGUUUCUCACAAUGCGACAUCUCUGCAUACUGAAGAUAGAUUUCAUGGCCCUGGCAUCAAAAGACUUGACUGAAGGAAAUCGCAUGCGUUCUUGUGCUAAGUUGACCCGUAUUCCUUUGGCUUCUACCUUGCUUAACCCCAAACAAGGUUGCACUGAUGGAAGCAACACCAUUGCCCAUCGCUUUUGUAACAGUCAUGUCCUAGAGCUGAUGGCAGGACAUGACUACCUAGCUGUUGUUUUUGCUUUGCCUCAUGACAAGUUCUUGUUCUUGAGGCAGUUCAGCCAGUUUCGCGCCAGCCUCAGGGACAUCAAGACCAUCGCCCUUCUGCAGACCAGUAAAUGUCACUUAAGAGUCAGCUCUGCAACACCCAGCAAAACAACCCAAAGAAUGCAGAAAAAGAGUGCUCCUCAGGAUCUGCAGAAGCCCCAGUUAACGCUGUCUCUGCUGUACCCUGGUGAGGCGCUCAUCCAGCAGCUUUCAGAUGAAAACCAGUGUCCUAGCCACCUCUGUCUCUCUUCAUCCCUGCGUUACCUUUCUUCACUGCGGGGCGAGGACCUUGUCACCUUCUUCCAUGACAACAUUGCUGAGGUGGAGAACGAAGAGUUAAAGCAUAUGCUAUGGACAUCUGUGAUCUUCUAUAAGUCCCCUGAAUUGGAGAUGACUGCCUGCAUUCUGUUGUCUACCAAAGCUGUGUACUUUAUCCUGGACGAUGCUGCAUCGUCCCUCAGUGAUCAAGCUAUGAUGUGGAACUGGCAUCCAUCAGAGCACAAGGACACAGAUUUCCUCAUCUCAUUCUGCUUUGCAAUGAAACUGAAUGAGCUGCAGAGCGUGAACGUGGGGCUGUUUGACCAGUACUUCAGAGUGGUCGGGCCGUCUGCUGAGCACAUCAUCACCUGCCUGACGAGAGACAGCUACAGCACACAUCACUUUCUCCAGCAGCUGAUGACUGUGCUGUCUUUACUGGAGAAAGUGCCCUCGCCGGAGCCCUCCGAGCAAGACUUUUAUACUCAGUUUGGGAAGAAGAGCACAGGUAAAAUGGAGAAUUAUGAACUGGUCCACUCAAGCAAGGUGAAGUUUGUGUACCCGAGCGAGGAGGAGAUCGGUGACCUCACCUUCAUCGUGGCGGAAAGAAAGGGCUCUCAGGGAUCCUCCCACUCCUUCAACAUCCUCUUCUACGUGCUGGUGUUCCAAGUUCGGAGCGUUUCGGGUCACUCGGCUGAGAAGCAGCAUCAGCUGCAGCCGAAGACGCUCAUCCUCACCAGCACGGACAUCUUUCUGCUGGACGAGGAUUACAUCAGCUACCCACUACCCGAGUUUGCGAAGGAGCCGCCGCAGAGAGACAAGUACUGCCUCACGGACGCUCGCCGGAUACGCGAUCUGGACCGAGUGCUCAUGGGCUACCAGACUUACCCUCAGGCACUCACUCUGGUCUUUGAUGACGUUCCAGGUCCAGAUCUGCUGUGCCAUCUCACCAUGGACCACUUUGCAGAUGAGCAGGAGAGGGGAGAGAGGAUGCAAGGAAACAGCGGGGCUGAAAGUGAGGUCCAGUGGUGCAUCUUCGUGCCCAGUGCUGAAAGUAGAGAGAGGCUGAUUUCACUUCUAGCUCGCCAGUGGGAGGCGCUGUGCAGCCGGGAGCUUCCAGUGGAGCUUACUGGUUGAAGCGUGGAGUGCACAUGUUCUUUUUUCCCACCAUGCAGUACAAAGACAGAGAACAGGGAAAUUCUCCUCUUACUUGCACAAAUACGUACUGUUGCUGUCCCAUCAACUUUCUUCUGAAUGGACAAAUAGAACUGACUUGGAAUAAAACCUUGUUACAUUAAUGUACAUCACAGCUAAGAACCGUAUUCGAUCUUCUGUAAAGUUGCCAUUUCAGUUUUGUUACAGCAAGGACAAUGUACAUAAAGUCACACUCUAUUUUUUUUUCUAUUUGUUUCGACACAGUGCAUCCUGGGAACUGUGAACAGAGUCCACAUGAGUGUAAUAUUUUCUUUUAUAUCAGGCUUCGAACGUCGCUUAAUUUUUCUUGCUGCUUUCGUCUUAUUUAUCUGCUGCUGUGCACAAUCUCCAACAUGUAAAUGACUGACGAGACCUGUGUGAACUCUGUUAUUUUACAUUUUGAACAGUAUUAUUGUAUUUUAAUCGGAAUUAAGGAAAUGUAUCCAUUUUUGGACAAAAGCUUUUCCUAGCUGAUUUUAUUUUUCUUUUUAUGUUUUAAAGCAGGCGUGUCAAACUAGGGACCUUCUGGGCAAAAUUGCUGUGGAGAUUAGCACUUACCCUCAUCUAAUGCUCUGAAUUCAGUUCAUUGCCUUGCUAAAUAGCUGAUGAGCUGAAUCAGGUGUGUUUAUUGAGGCAGUGAGAUGAAGUCUGCAGUGUUUUGGCCUGGGAGGACUGGAGCCUGACACCUAUGUUUAAAAACGUUUUGGCCUUUUAGAACCUAUUUUAGUUUUAGAUCUCAAGGUUGCACAUUAACACAUGGAAAACCACCCUACGAACGUUUACAGAAUGUUGCAGCUAGAUGUAUGUCAGCUCAACAUUUCGAGAUUAUUUCACCGUGGGAAUUAACUGAACAUGCACUUUUGAAUUUUUAUGAAUAAACGUGGUUAAUGCAAAAAUUA